AUAUAAACGAAUGAUGCAUGCAGUGACACUAUGCUCCAUGUUUCCUGCUGAAUCUGCUUAAACUCAAAGGGGAUACAAGCAAAAUUCAGCCAAGAUGUCUGAGAAAAAGAUGUCAUCAAGUCGCAAGCAUCAUCUAAAGCGUCUCUGUCUCCCAGAGUUUGAUGCUGUCCAUUGCUAAAGGUUUACUGGAACAGGAAGAAAAGGACAGAGAAGUGGAGAGGAGAUAUAUGGCUGAGACCUGCCCAGCUCUGUCUCUUCCAGGAUCCAUGCAAGCUUUACAGGAAUUGUGCAGGGAACUUCACCACAAAAUCGAUGCCACUGACGAGGAGAGAUACGAUCUAGAAAUAAAAAUGACCAAAUGUUCAAAGGAGAUUGAGGACAUGAAUAUUAAAGUAAUUGACUUGAAGGGAAAAUUCAAGAAGCCAACUUUGAGGAAGGUGCGCAUGUCUGCCGACGCAAUGCUUCAAGCUCUGCUCGGCUCCAAACACAAGGUGUCUCUGGAUUUGAGGGCCAACCUGAAACAAGUGAAGAAGGAGGUCAAAGAGGAGGAUAAGGAACUGCGUGAUGUUGGUGACUGGCGCAAGAACAUCGAAGAUAAGGCUGGCAUGGAUGGCAGAAAGAAGAUGUUUGAAACUGAGGCUUAAUUUUAUUAAUUAUAAAGUAAUUUUUUCUGCUCUGUACACAGCCUUACAAUUCGUCUCUAGCUGGUUCAUGGUUAUCACAUGUAUGAAAUGUAAACAUUUGUGUAAUUUAAAGCAUAUAAAAAUAAAAAGAAAUUGGAUUCUGAGAGAAAGUGUUAACCAAAGUGAAUGUGCACCAAAUAUAUAUCAUAUCUGUUCCGAAUCCAAACCAAAAUGAGCAUGCUUAGGCAUAUGUACUGCUUUCUUACACAAUGAAUCAUUAAAAAAUAA